GAAUUGUUGGCAGCCGUACAACGCCAAAAAUCGAAAACAAAACUAGGGGCCGCUGCUGGGUGGAGUGGUGAAGUGUGAGGUUUGGGUAGGUGAGACUUGAGAGCGGCUGAUCCCUCGCAUAGUCUAUACCCUGCCCUUGUCUUACCUACCGUCUUGACCAACCACAUCGUAUCUAUUAAUCUCAACUCCCGCAUCGAUUUCUUCAUUGUUUCUUUUUAAACGUAGCAUCAACUCUUCUCUUUGCUUCAUUCUAUACUGCCGGAUCCGGUUUUUACAGAAUGGAUCUUCUGGAGAACCCUGAAGCUCAGCUUUACAUAGGGAUCGCGGUUGCUCUUGCUGCAGUGGCUGCGGCUGCGUACUUGUACUCUUCCAAGAAGCCCAGAGUGUGCUUGGAUCCCGAGAAUUUCAAGGAAUUCAAGCUUGUGAAGCGCCGAGAACUGAGUCAUAAUGUGGCAAAGUUUACAUUUGAACUUCCGACUCCUACUUCAGUAUUGGGCCUUCCCAUUGGGCAGCACAUAAGUUGCAGGGGAAAAGAUGCUCAAGGUGAAGAGGUUAUUAAGCCUUAUACUCCAUGUACUUUGGACUCCGAUGUUGGGUACUUUGAGCUAGUAAUAAAGAUGUAUCCACAAGGAAGGAUGUCUCAUCAUUUCAGAGAGAUGCGUGUGGGUGAUUACUUGGCUGUGAAGGGACCCAAGGGUCGUUUUAGGUACCAUCCCGGUCAAGUAAGGGCGUUUGGUAUGCUUGCAGGAGGAUCUGGCAUUACCCCUAUGUUUCAGGUUGCGAGAGCUAUUCUCGAAAAUCCCAGUGACACAACCAAGGUUCACCUGAUUUACGCUAAUGUUACAUAUGAAGAUAUUCUUUUGAAGGAAGAGUUGGAUGGCCUUGCUUCUAAGUAUCCCGACAGUUUCAAAAUUUACUACGUUCUGAACCAGCCUCCCGAGGUGUGGAAUGGCGGCGUUGGUUUUGUAUCCAAGGAAAUGAUCGAGGCCCAUUGCCCUGCACCAGCGCCCGAUGUUAGGAUACUGAGGUGUGGACCGCCGCCAAUGAACAAGGCCAUGGCUGGUCACCUCGACGCCAUUGGCUACAGCGCGGAGAUGCAAUUCCAGUUUUAGGGUUUCGAAUUAACUCUGAGAUUCUUCGAUUCAGACAUCAUAGUUUCCUUUGAUUAGUUACAGGGAAUAACUGUUGAUCAUUUCACUGUAUACUGUUUGGAUCAUUUAUCAUUAACAGAAUUUUCUGGUGAUUUUCAAUAACAUGUUUCCCUGAGUUUAGAUGCUCUGCAA